AUGAGCAUGGCUCACAACAUUAAGGCGCUCUUGGCACUCUGCGCCUUAUAUAUGCCUUGCAUUACAUGUCAUAGCGCGUUUAAUUGUGACUUCGGAUACCCACAUGAGUUACUUAGAAGGAAUGCUCUUGCUAGCUGCCACAUGGACAUCGAUAAUAUCGGAUCCGCUACCGUGAUGUGUCCAAACCGAGUCAACGACACCGACUACGUAUGGCAUCCAGAACCCACAUCGCUUGAAAUGACUUAUCUCAAGACAUACGUGAAUGAAAAUGGGAAAGUUCGUUCAGUUGCUCUUUCUGAUGUGGUGCGCUCCGAAUCCGGGCAUACACUCUUCUGGACUGAAUCCAAUCAACGAGAAACUGAAUUGCAUUUAGACUUGUCAGGUCAUAAAUUGUUCGCAAUUACUGAACGCCGAUUUAUAUUUAUCUGCGGUCCACAAAAUUUGGUGUUGAGUGAUGCGUUGCAACGUCACCUUGACCGCCUCUAUGAGCUUGAUCAAAUGCAAUCUCUACCUUGGACUGCAGGCACCCCGGUGACUCAGGAGAUAGCUAAGAUAGGAAAGGGUUUGGGUCUAUUUUUGGUUAACAGAGGACGUAUACACUUGCCGCUUCAAGGUUGCGGAAGCCGGGCUUCACCACUUUUUGCUCCGGACAAUGAGGUGACUGUUGAUCCCAUCACUGGUAUCCGCUCAUGUGUGGUGAAUCCCAUGUCAGAAAGGCGCAUUGGUUUUGUUUGCGAAGGCAGGAUAGAACCUGACCAUUGCAUGGAAUUGCUCUUGGACAAGAAUGGCAGAGUUGUGAAGCCUCCUGUACCACAUGGUUAUUGGAAAUUUCAUAAGCAUAGGCCUUGGGUGGUAGCGAAAUACUUCUACAAAUUCGCAUUGCCGCCGUUCAAUGGCGAAUGUUGGUGCAUAGAUUCCGAAACAAGCCAAGUGAAUGCCCGUAUAGAGAUUCGUUCGAAAACUGACUACGUUUGUGAUAUUACAAGUAACAUCUUCCGCAACAAAGUUCGUCCCAUCCGUGGCCCGUGGUGUUCGGUUGUACUUCAUCCAGGCAGCACCUUGACCAUAAAGUUCCCAAUACAGGCCACCAACCCGGCUUCUAUAGGCCAACCUUCCGACGAUAUAGACAGAGGCUCUUCGCCUGCUCGCUUGUCGCAACUAGCGUCUAUAUAUGAGUACGAAACUGACUUUUCGCCGAAGGACUUGACUGUGCUGCGGCAAAUUAUGGCACAUUAUGAUGUUGAUAUUUACGACGACAUAUUGUACCGCCAUGCAAUCGCUGGCGACGCCCUAGAGUUGGAUGCUUCUAAAAUAUCACGUGGGGAGGUGAAACUCAAGUACCACGAAAGCAAGCCUCUUGCAUUAAAAAUAGGGCAAAAUUCGUUCUUGUAUCAUUGGACAUUGAUAUCGAGGAACGAGUAUGUUCCGGAUAAGAUACGCGCCAUCGUGCAAGUAUCAUUUGCAUUUACUCAUAACUACCGGACAAUCGGUUGCGACCAAGGAAUGCCAAUUGUGUUUGAUCCGGAGAUGACCAAGGAUUCUUGUUCAACCAAAUGGAUGGGCAAUGGAAUAGGGGGGAUAUUCCAAUGCGUAUAUGAUAUGAUGCGGGACGUUAGGCAGGUCGGUAUUCGCUGCAGGCCCAAUGAGGAACUAUUGCCAGAUAACUGUGGAUCUACAGGAUACGAUCUAUCAAGUAAUGAGAUUAUGCCACUUCCUAUAUCUUUUCGAAAUGUGACACCGUAUCGCAUUCCCGGCUUUCGUGUAUUCCGCAUGGGCCUCCAUAAUAGACCUCUCAGUUUUGCUUGCAUAUGUGUUGACGAGCACGGAUACGAAACGUCUAGGCUCAUUUUAGAAUACAACCAUCCGGAAUAUCAUUCCUACACAGUACGUCGUAAAAGAGUGUCUCACACGUCAUUUCCUUCCAUAUUGCUGCCUGGACGCGAUAUCGGAUUAGCAAUUAAUGGACUGACAUCACAAACAACGUUUAUGCUAAACGGCAUAUCUCAACAGUCCGCAAUACUACACGUGGGCACAAAGUUGCUCCUGUAUUGUGGAAUUGGUUCCGCUGCGUAUGUGCAACAUCAACUUAGAAUCCAUGGUCCACAGAGCUACAUGCUAGCAACUACUUGGCUGCCAAAGCAACCUGGAGAAUUUUUUUAUUCGGUAAACGCGACUCCUGACGGGCUUAAACUUGUAAAGGCGGCAUACGAUGAUUUAAUUGCUACAACUCCGGGUGGAAUAAGAGUCUCAUACCAAGAGUUUGAAGGGACACCGGGCUAUCAAGCUCUGAUGAUAAAAUCCAAUCACGGCGCCAUAUUGAUAUCUAAGGAUUCCGUUCACAGGCAACAGGUGCCCAUGACGUUUGUAUGCGGCAAAGAAAUAGAACCGUCGGACUUAUCCAUCAUAUCCGGUGAUGCAUCGACAACAGAAGCAUCUGCACUGCCCAAUUUUCAGACUAUAAGAUCUUCGACUCAAUAUACGUGGCAUGUCGUGGAAGUUAACGUCGAGACCACGGAUCCGUACAUGCAAGGCUGCGGCGUUACCUACUCGUCGGAUGAGUUGUUCAAACCGGAGACGCCCCCACUCUACGAUGCCAACGGACAGCCCCAGUUUGGUUGCAAGAUCGAUAUUCAAGAUGCCAAGGAAGCAGCGUUCUAUUGCCCAGCACCGUAUCUCCUGGACCCACCCAACUGCUUCAGCCAGGUCUCCGUGGACGGUGAAGUAAGGAACCUAAGCGACCUCAGCAAGUCAUUGGUAUCCUCACAUUCCAACCACUUUGUCAUCCUAAGCUUCGACGGUUCACUCGUCGGAGUAGGAGAAACGUUGCGCCAAACGCCGCCACUGGAGUGUCGUUGCGUCACCGUCAAGGGUAUCGUUCUCUCCAGUAUACAAAUAGAGAAUUACUACGCCAAGUAA